AUUUAAUUCGGACCUUUUCUAAUCAAAUGGACGUGCCACAGAUCGAGCUUAAGGAAAUACAGACCGGCAAUACCGAAAUCAAGAAAACCAAUGCAGAGCUCAUGUCGCCCACUGUGGUGGCCAACAAGGAAAGUCCCCAGGAGAACAAGGAGACGCCAACGCCCUCGCCGCAGAUGGAAAAAGCGGACACUGGAACUUUGACGGGCAAACAGUUGGCCAUUAAUCUGAUGAAGUGUAUUGCGGGUACCGGUUCUCUUACAAUUCCUUACGGAAUGUGGAAUGUGCUUUCAUGCUUGGGCUGUGAUUUUCUAGGAGGGAAUUAUUUUGGGAGUCAUUUUAUUCAUUAUCGUCGCCAUUUUGUACGUCAUUUCCGGUUACCAUUUAGUAACUGUGUACUACCGAUCGCAGGGAGUGAGAACCGAUGCAAUCAAGACAAACAACGAUUACGCCCGUCUGUGCUAUAUCGUGCAUGCAAAUCCGCCCAUUUUACUUCUAGACGAUGGGCCAACCUGGAUACUGGAUUUUCAACAUCGCAAACGUGAUCACUUUAUUCGGCAUGGCGAUGGGCACGAUGGUUCGUCUCUUCCUUUCAAUCUCUCACUUCCAGAUCGUAAUGACCGAUUUCCUGGACAGCCUGCCGAUCCCUACCUCCCACCCCACUCUGAAGCGAGCGAUUCUCCAAUUCAUAAUCACGGUUAUCUGCCUCAUUCUCUGCAUCCUCAAAGACCCCAGGUACCCCUUUUUCCCCUUUUCUCUCACCCAGUCUCCUCGUGGGCGUUUCCUCGUUCGGUCUGAUCGCGCUGGUGGUGAGUUUGUUGAUCCUUUUCUUCUACGGCGUCGCCGCCUACGGCUUCAAGUUCGAGUCUUCCUUCUGGUUCCCUCAGCGCGGUCACGUGCUCAGCAAUCUCGGCGUCUUCAUCAACUCGCUCGCCUUCUCUCUCAUGUGUCUCUCCCAAGUGGUAGCGAUUCCCGCGGGGAUGCAUGGUAGAAACACCUGAAACGGUCGUACCGGACGACGAUCACGCGCACGAUCUCGAUCUCGGUGUUUUCGAUGGCGUUCAUCUACAUGGCGAUCGGCGUGAUCUUCCUGAUGAUCUACAAGACGGAGGACGGCAUUGCCGACAACAUUCUGCGGGCAAUCCCCAACGAUUCGGUGUGGAACAUGAUCAUCUCGGUGCUGAUGGUGGUCACGUGCAUGGGCUCGUUCCCGCUCUAUCUCGGACCCAUCCACGAGCUCUUCGAUGGUCGCUGCGGCGCCGUGAAGACCGGGAAGUACUUCAUCACCACGCCUGUGUACGUGUGGCUGCGCGUGGUGGAGGUCGGCGCGAUCUCCGUGCUGGCGUUCCUCUUCGACAACUUCCGCGCCGUGCUCAAUUUUAAUAUCCUUGAUGCUGGAUGAGGGGACUUAACCGCACUCGGAAGUUCCACGGCGAUUCUCGUGUGUAAUAUCCUGCCCGCGCUGAUUCAUUUGCUGUUCUUGAAGAAGAACUUGAACGCGAUGUGGAUCGCCAUUGACUGGGUGAUCAUCGUGGUGAUGGCGGUGAUGAUGGUGAUCUGCACGAGCAUUUCCUUUAAGGAGCUGGUCGAUACGUUGUAACUGUUGUGUUUAGU